AUGAACAUGGUGAAGAAAGGCCGCGCAGGGGCAAAUGCAUAUCCUCGCUCUCUUCCGUUCUUGCAGAGCCUGGAAGUGUAUUGCAAGGCCCAUCAGACGUGCCUAUCUGUUGGGACGCACCCCCCAACCGCACAUGGUGACCAGUCGAAUGGCGGCAACCCCAACAAUCUGCCAUUCUACGCGUCGUACUUGUUCGCUGUCCGCACAAACGCCUCAGGGCUCAACGGCGCCAUUCCAGCCCGGAAGAAUCGGUUUGAUGCCGCAAAAGUGCCUCACAGCGCUCAAUCAUAUGUGUACGGUAACGCCAGGGUUCCGUCGAGAAAGGCGAAAUAG